AUGCAUGGAAUACCAAAGGGUCUGCUGUUUUCCAUUUACUAUCCCUUUCUUGCAGUUAUCGGGAUUCCAGCUAAUCUGGUCGUUAUUAUUAUCCUGGCUCGAAAAACAUGUGGCCUCUCCGGCUGUAUCACCUAUUACCUGGUGGCAAUGGCAACGACAGAUCUGCUGGUCAUAGUUACUGCUGUCGUCUUGAACCGGAUUGCUGGGAUUUAUUCUCCAUUAAGCUUCCUUUCCAUCACUCCAUUGUGCAGUUUACGUUCUGUCUUCAUUUAUGCAUCUAUAGACAGUUCCGUCUGGUUAACAGUCACUUUUACAUUUGACCGGUAUGUGGCCAUUUCUUGUCAGAAGCUGAAAAUACGAUAUUGUACUAAGAUGGUGGCUGCGUGUGUUAUAGGAAUCGUCUCCAUCCUGAGUUGUAUAAAAAAUGCCUUCUUAUAUUUUGUAUAUGAUCCUAUGUACAUAAUAGACAAUAUACCAUGGUUGUGUAGCCUAAAAGUUAUAUACUACACAUCACCUGCCUGGGCUGCAUUUGACUGGAUGCGAUCUAUUCUCACCCCUUGUCUCCCAUUCAUUCUGAUUGUACUGCUGAAUGCUCUGACAGUCAGACAUGUUCUAGCAGCUAAUAAAGCCCGCAGGAGAGUCCGGUGUCAGAACAAUAGACAGAACCAGAGUGACCCAGAGGUCGAGAAGCGGAGAAAGUCCAUCGUUUUGCUUUUUGCCAUCUCGUGCAAUUUCAUCCUACUCUACUUACUAUUCAUGAUAACGAUCCUCUAUGUCCGAAUUGCCAAAGUUACUUAUUUCUCAGGUUCUGAUUCUAGUGAAACAACAUUCGUUCUUGAGGAAUAUGGAUUUAUGCUUCAGCUUCUGAGUUCCUGCAUCAACCCCUUUAUUUAUGCCGGAGUGCAGGCUAAAUUCAGAGCAGAAUUAAUGAAUGGUGUGAAAUAUCCAUUGAGGUUAUUACGUGACCUCCUCAACCUGUGA